CCCUCGUCGACACCUGUCGAGAACGCUCUUGGCUCCAUUUGAAUCUUUGUCCACGAGGCAACACCGUCCUCAGCGCUUGCAAUACCGUGUGUUCCAAUUUGAGUUUCUGUUGGAACUCUUCUGCUACGAUCACCAAAACAAUGUGGAAACAACUUCUGAUUCUCGGCCUGGUGGUUACCGGGACCAUCGCUCAGGGCUAUACACGUCCGAGAGGUUUCUUUAACCGUCUUGGCGGCAGAAGAAGGAACAACCUGCUGCUAGGUAGCGGCGGCGGAGGAGGAGGUGGAGGCGGAGGAGGAGGAGGUAGUAAUGGAGGAUUUGGUUUCGGCGCCGGCUUUGGAAGCGGCUUUGGCAACAAUGGCGGCGGCGGAGGAGGAGGCGGCGGUGGCGGCGGCGGCGGUGGUGGCGCCGGAAAUGGUUACGGCUUUGGGGCCGGAUUCGGAAGUGGAUAUGGUGGUUCCAGCGGCGGCGGAGGCGGUGGCGGUGGUGGCGGCGGUGGUGGUGGCGCCGGAAACGGAUACGGCUUCGGGGCCGGAUUUGGAAGUGGAUAUGGUGGUUCCAGCGGUGGUGGUGGCGGCGGUGGCGGAGGCGGUGGUGGCGGCGGCAGUAACGGAGGCUCCGGAUUUGGCGCCGGAUUUGGCUACGGCUCCGGCAGAGGGUACAAUGCCAGAUAUGGACGCCGCUACUGAGGUAGUUUAAUACGCUGAUGCUAAAGAUGUAGUAACAAUUAGAAUUGGAUUUGGACAAUGGCCAAAGUUAACUUCUGGAAAGUUGAGUCCAACACCUAAAAUGAAUCUCUUAACCGCUCAGGAAUUUUAGUAGCCAUAAAAUGACCAAAUGACGAUUCACAAUGUGUUUAUUAUACAUAGUUACGUGACAAUACAGCAGCCGAUGAAAAUGUUAAAUGAUUUAGGUGGAUGUAAAUAUCAAUAUACGCCAUUAUGAUCAAGCGAAAAUUAAAAACAUUUGACGACGCCAUUUUGCUUAACUUUGGUGAGCAAGAGCCUUUUGUGUUUUUCUUAGAUAGUGUUAUUAUGUUAUCCACUCGGUUCGUAUUUGUGCAUGUACUUUUCACUUAAAUUUUAUAUCAAGACUGAAUAAAUUUUCUCUGUACAAUUUC